AUGAUCAAUAAAAUACUCCGUAAGUUUCGUCGCUCUAAUAAUACAAUUACUUCAAGUGAGACAAAUGCACCAGUGAAAACGACUAGUGAAGAGGAGGAACAUCACGAAUGGGAUCGUCCUAUAGAGUUUGUUUUUUCACUUAUUUCAAACUCGGUAGGGCUUGGUAAUGUCUGGCGUUUUCCGUAUCUUGCUGCCAGAAGUGGUGGUGGUGCCUUUCUUAUCCCAUAUUUUGUUUUAUAUUUCCUUAUUGGAGCACCUCUCUAUUACUUGGAAUUAGCCCUUGGCCAAUUUUCAAGUCGAGGUCCAGCUACUGCAUUCAUUCUUGCUAAAGGAUGGCAAGGUGUCGGUUUUGCAAUGAUUAUCAACAGUGUAUUAUGCAUGCUCUAUUAUAAUGUGGUUAUCUCAUGGGCGCUUUUCUAUUUUAUAUCAUCGUUUCGAAAGCGUCUUCUAUGGUCUGAUUGUGGGCAUUGGUGGAAUACAGUCCGUUGUUUCGUUCCUGGAGAUCGUGGAACAACUUACACAAUCAAUGGGACUACGUUUAAUUGCACAAAAUUACAGUAUCAAAAUCCUAUUCAACACCAGUGCACAGUAAUAAAUCUGACAGAUAGAAUCACUGCCACUGAAGAGUUCUACUACAAUCUUCUUCUGCAGAAAAGUAAGAGUUUCGAUGAUUUUGGCACACCAACACUUUACAUGGCUCUUUCAUUACUUGUUUCUUGGGUUAUUGUUUGCCUAUGUAUCAUUAAAGGUGUCAAAACAUCUGGCAAGGUUGCGUACUUCACGGCUAUUUUCCCAUAUGUUGUUCUGUUGAUUCUAAUCAUUUAUACUUCAACGUUAAGUGGCGCAGUUGAUGGUGUUAAAUUUUAUAUUAUUCCCAAAUGGGAGUUGGUUGGUGAUUUUAAAACAUGGCAAGCAGCCGCUUCGCAAGUGUUUUUCUCGUUGGGUCUUAGUUUCGGUUCACUGAUGGCUUAUUCAGCAUCGAAUAAGUUUGAUAAUAACUUUUUCAAGCAAAUGUGCAUCGUUGUCUCCUGUGAUUGUUUAACGGGAGUCUUUGCUGGAUUUGCUGUUUUUGCUACUAUUGGUUUUCUAGCUAAGGCUUUGAAUGAAACUGUAGAGAAAUACGCAGCAUCAUCAGGACCCGGUUUGGCAUUCAUCACUUAUCCAGAAGCUAUUUCAAACAUGCCAGCUAGUCCAUUCUUUGCCAUUAUCUUCUUUCUAAUGUUGCUUGCACUUGGCUUAGGCUCUCAGUUUGCAUUGACUGAUGUUCCAAUAACAUCACUCGUGGAGUUGUUUCCUCGACUUAAAAAAAAACGUCCAAUUGCGGUGGUGAUUACUUGUGUUAUUUCCUAUCUCAUUAGUAUUACAUUCACAUGCCCUGGUGGUAUUUACUUUUUUGAACUUCUUCAAGAGUAUUCAGCAAAUACUUCUAUGCUAGUUGUCGGGUUUUUUGAAGUGAUUGUCAUAUCAUACAUUUAUGGAUUUAAUCGAUUUAUGAACGACGUAGAAAUGAUGCUACGGAAACGAGCUGCAGAAUAUUAUCUAUUUUUAACUUGGUACAUAUCAGCGCCAUUACUCAUUAUUAUCAUCACUAUAACAAAACUUAUCUCUGCCGAACCAAUAAAACUUGGUGCAGGUGGUGGAUUUCCUGAGUAUAUAUUCCCGAGAUGGAGCACCAUAUUGGGCUGGUUUAUCUUCGUUUUUUGUAUAAUUCCUAUUCCUCUUGUAUUUCUAGUCAACUACAUAAAGGAAUGCUUGUCAUUACGUGCAGCGAAACGGAAUCCCAAAUCACCGAUCCAAAAUAAUGUGCCAAAGCCUAUUUACUUGCAUGCAUUAACUGAAAACAAUUCACCAAGUGAGGAUUGGGGUCCUAAAAGAAAAGAAAAUCAAAUAGGUCUUUAUCAACGAAAAAAAGAACCAUUUGAUAACCAUGGAAUACCAUUAGAAAUCUUGACUGGUGAUUCCGAUCGCAGAAAAGAGUUAUCGAACAAUGAACAAUAUUAA